CGGCCUCCACCUGACCACUACCACCACCCGGGACGUCUUCCAUGGCCUCCUCAUAGAAUAAGCUCUAUCUCACCGCAACAACUCCUCAUUACAAUCCUUCAAGAGAGCAGCACUACACUACACUACAUUAGAGAGAGGUCGAGCGCCCCUCCUCCGAUCCGCCGGCCCGCCGAGAGCUAGCUGCUGAUCGGUCGAGGAGAGUCAUGGCGACGUCGACGAUGCGCGUUGCCGCCGGCGUGCUGCUGGUCGUGUCGGCGCUGGCGACCUUGGCCCGGGCCGAGGACCCCUACCUGUUCUUCGAGUGGAAGGUGACGUACGGGACCAGGUCCCUGCUGGGAGUGCCCCAGAAGGUCAUCCUCAUCAACGGCGAGUUCCCUGGCCCCAGGAUCAACUGCUCCUCCAACAACAACAUCGUCGUCAACGUCUUCAACCAGCUCGACCAUCCGCUCCUUUUCACCUGGAACGGGAUGCAGCACAGGAAGAACUCGUGGAUGGACGGGAUGCCAGGCACGCAGUGCCCCAUCGCGCCCAACACCAACUUCACGUACAAGUGGCAGCCCAAGGACCAGAUCGGCAGCUUCUUCUACUUCCCGUCCAUCGGCAUGCAGCGGGCGGCGGGCGGGUACGGCGCCAUCAGCGUGGUGAGCCGCCUCCUCAUCCCGGUCCCCUUCGACCAGCCGCCGCCGGAGAGCGACCACGCGGUGCUCAUCGGCGACUGGUACACCAAGGACCACGAGGUGCUGGCGCGCCAGCUCGACGCCGGCAAGAGCGUGGGCCGCCCCGCGGGCGUGCUCAUCAACGGCAAGGGAGGCAAGGACCUGGAGGCCGCCGCGCCCAUGCUCACCUUCGAGGCGGGCAAGACGUACCGCCUCCGCGUGUGCAACACCGGGAUCAAGGCGUCGCUCAACUUCCGCAUCCAGGGCCACGACAUGAAGCUCGUGGAGCUGGAGGGCUCACAUACCCUGCAGGACGUGUACGACUCGCUGGACGUGCACGUCGGCCACUGCCUCUCCGUGCUGGUCGACGCCGACCAGGCGCCCGGCGACUACUACAUGGUGGCCUCCACGCGGUUCAUCCACGACGCCAAGUCCGCCUCCGCCGUCAUCCGCUACGCCGGCUCCAGCGGCGCCCCGCCGGCGCCCAACAUGACCGAGCCACCGGCCGGCUGGGCCUGGUCCAUCAACCAGGCCAGGUCGUUCCGCUGGAACCUGACGGCCAGCGCCGCGCGCCCCAACCCGCAGGGCUCCUACCACUACGGCCAGAUCAACAUCACCCGCACCAUCAAGGUCAUGGUCUCCCGCGGCCACAUCGACGGCAAGCUCCGCUACGGCUUCAACGGCAUCUCCCACAGGGACACCGAGACCCCCCUCAAGCUCGCCGAGUACUUCAACGUCACCGACGGGGUGUUCAGCUACAACCAGAUGGGCGACGUGCCCCCCGCCGUUAACGGGCCACUCCAUGUCAUCCCCAACGUCAUCACCGCCGAGUUCCGGACCUUCAUCGAGAUCGUCUUCGAGAACCCCGAGAAGAGCAUAGACUCCCUCCACCUCGACGGCUACGCCUUCUUCGGCGUCGGGAUGGGGCCUGGGACGUGGUCGCCGGAGAUGAGGAAGACGUACAACCUACUGGACACGGUGAGCCGGCACACGAUCCAGGUGUACCCGCGGUCAUGGACGGCGAUCAUGCUGACAUUCGACAACGCGGGCAUGUGGAGCGUCCGGUCCAACGUCUGGGAGCGGUACUACCUCGGGGAGCAGUUCUACAUCAGCGUCAUCUCGCCGGCGCGGUCGCUGCGCGACGAGUACAACAUGCCCGACAACGCCCUCCGCUGCGGCAAGGUCGUGGGGCUGCCGCUGCCGCCAUCCUACGCCCCCGCGCGCUAAAGACGACGAAGGCGCCGUUUUCACCUCGUGUUCUGACCAUCCAGUCUAACUAAUCCAUUCCUGUGCUGCUCGGCGAAAUAAAAUCAUCAAAAAGAACAAAGACGAAGGAAGCCUAGGGAAGGGAGAAGGGACGUUGGGUGGGGGUGAGCCAAAUGAGAACGCACGGAUAUAUCUAUUGAUGUAAUCUUGAGAUGCCCUCUCAAAUCACUGUAAUGGGGUUUAAAAAACAAUCAUUGUAAUGGGAGUUAUAUAUACUUUUAUCUUAACAUUUAUUUACACCAGCAAGUCCUGGUGUAUGCAUGCUGUACCGUGUUUACUAGUGAACACUACACUGGCGGACGGGUCCGCGCCACCGCGAUCAGAUUAACUCGGGAAAUUA